UCGGUGUAAUAAUGAGGUAGGAAGUGAGAACAAAAUUUUAAAAGAUGGCAGUAACCGUGAUGACAUAUACUUUUAAUAAAUUGCGCCUCCAGCUCUAAAGGAAUAUCUUAUUCUUGUUUAUAUAAAAGUAAAACAUUGAAUUACUUUUAGAGAUUAUAUUUUACACAUUGCUUGGGAGAAAGUUAACCACAAAACUAUACCCUUACGAAAUUGACUAAAUAUUAUAUUCCUGAGUGGAUAUGUAAUGUAGAUUCUAUGUAUCCAAGUGAUAACAACAGAACAAAUCUCUCACGCAAUAUAAUAUGUCAUUUUUUUAUCAUCAACCAUUUGGAAUUUAACACCACAAAACUAGCAUAAGUUUUCAUCCAUGAAAUUAUGGAUAUAAUAUUCCUUAAGAUAGAGUGUUAUGGUUUCCUUAAUUUCUCUUAUCACAUGUGUGUUUCAGUAAAUAUUCCAUACAUGAAGUAAACAAUCGCGAGAAGUAAAAAUGGCGGUAACUCAACGGUAACAGAUUUUAAAAUAACUAAAGACCAGGAGAGUAGACUGCAUUAGAUUCACGCUAACCUAGUGGCACGGCAGCACAUGUUCCAAUAAGACACAAGUGCAAGUAUAAAAAGGUGAAAAUGGAGAGGGUAAACGCUAGAUUAGCCGUUCUCUCUGCGCACUUGGAGGUGUCUGAUCCCAUGCCGGCGGCGAUAAAGCCAUGGUGCACAUCAAGUGCUGGUGCACCGCAUGGAUCCUUAAUGGGAAACUUGACGAUCGUUGAUGAGCGUACGGGGAAGAAGUAUCAGGUCCCAGUAUCUGAGGAUGGUACCGUUAAAUCUAUUGAUCUCAAGAAGAUAACGACAGGGAAAGAUGACAAGGGACUUAAAUUAUACGAUCCAGGUUACUUUAACACGGCUCCUGUUCGAUCUUCCAUUUCUUACAUCGACGGAGGUGAAGGCAUCCUACGUUAUCGUGGAUACCCAAUUGAAGAGUUGGCUGAGAAUUGUACUUUUCUUGAGGUUGCUUACCUCCUCAUUUAUGGGAACCUGCCUUCACAACGCCAGCUAGCUGAUUUAGAGUUUGAGGUUUCUCAGCAUUCAGCUGUUCCACAAGGGCUUCUAGAUAUUAUCCAGUCCAUGCCUCAAGAUGCACAUCCAUCGGGUGCUUUUGUCAGUGCGGCUGCAAUGAGUGCACUUUCCCUCUUUUAUCCUGAAGCAAAUCCUUCUCAUAUGGGCCAAGAUAUUUACAAGUCAAAACAAGUUCGUGAUAAACAGAUAUUUCGUAUUCUUGGACAGGCACCUACGAUUGCAGCAAAUGCUUUUCUGAGGACGUCAGGCAAGCCUCCUGUUCUUCCUUCAAGCAACUUUUCUUAUGCAGAGAACGUACUCUAUCUGCUGGAUUCAGUGGGCAAUAAGUCUUACAAACCUAAUCCUCGGCUAGCUCGAGUGUUGGACAUCGUCUUCGUACUGCAUGCUGAACAUGAAAUGAACUGCUCUACUGCUGCUGCUCGGCAUCUUGCUUCUAGUGGUGUUGAUGUGUACGCUGCUAUUUCCGGAGCUGUUGGAGCCCUUUAUGGUCCACUUCAUGGUGGUGCAACUGAUGCUGUGUCUAAGAUGUUGUCAGAGAUAGGAACUGUUGAAAACAUUCCAGACUUCAUCCAAUGCGUGAAGAACAAGAAGAGGAGGUUGUCAGGUUUUGGACACCGUGUUUACAAAAAUUACGACCCUCGAGCAAAAGUGGUUAAAAAACUGGCGUAUGAAGUGUUCUCCAUUGUUGGAAAGGAUCCUCUGAUUGAGGUAGCAGUUGCUCUAGAGAAGGCCGCACUCUCUGAUGAAUAUUUUGUUAAGAGGAAGCUUUACCCAAAUGUUGAUUUCUACUCUGGAUUAGUCUAUAGGGCAAUGGGAAUCCCGCCACAAUUCAUUGCAGUCCCACGUAUGGCUGGAUACUUGGCACACUGGCUUGAGUCGUUAGAUGAUCCUGACACUAAGAUCAUGAGACCCCAACAGGUCUAUACUGGAGUGUGGCUAAGGCAUUACGCUCCAGUGAAGUGAUUUGGAUUCUGAUCAGAUUGGUCAUUGAAAUGGGCAAUAGACCAGACAAAGAACUUCCAUAUAUGUUGUAUUAUGUAUUUGUACAUGUUCUGUAAUACAUAAAAACAGAUUAUGAUGUCGUGAAUAUAUCAAUAUCUUUUGCAAAAUGAAAUAAAAAAUAUUAACAUA